GCCUCAGCGGAGGGGGGGCCCACAGGGCACGGGGGAAUUCGCACGGGGGGUGGGCAUCCCGAGUCUCUACCCCGAACGCCUGUGUCCACCGCGGCCACCUUUCUCUCGGGACCCUCCCCGCGCCGUGGACCCCGCGGCCGGGUUCCGAGAAGCCAGAAGCAGCCAAACAAAAGGAGCAAAGUCCGGGCCGCGGGAUGCGGAGGGCGCGGUGGGGGAGGGGAGAGGGUGGAGCGGACAAAGGGGCUUUUAAGGGAAGCCAGAGGUCUGGUUCCAGGGCGCCUUUCGGGCUGGCGGGGUCCCCCGUCCCAGCCACGCCACCGCCGCUCGCUGGGGCGAACACCUUUCCCAGUGGAAGGGAGGAGAGUGUGGAGGGAAAAUGGCCAAGGAGCCGUCGCCCUCCCCCCCUUCGCCUGGAGGGUCCCGGCCCCUUCCCCUCCCGCUGUUCGCGCCGCGGGCCGCGCGCUGACCGCUGAUUGUUAAUUCAUUCGGUGGAAUCCAGGCGCCUGGGACUGGACUGUGCUGGGUGCGGGUGGGGGGUGGAGACGCAGGACGGGCCCUGGCUUUGAAGAACUCGCACUCAUGGACCAGAGGAAACGCAGACGGAACCUAAAACAGUGUUGGGGCGCGGGGGGCGACAGGGCGCGGGGGCGCGGAGGCGACGGGGCGCCGAAGGCAGCUUUUCCUUAGGAAGCGACAACCCUGGAGAGAAGCAGAUGUUCUUCGCUUACAGAGCAGAUUCUGAGCACUCUAAUGUGAUGCGGGAGACUCCGCGUCCUCACCAGCCGGUGGUCUGGAGUUGGGUCAUCCGGCCGCUGCCCUCCUGGGCUGGCUGAUAGUGGGACACCGAGCCCCAGAUCCCCAGCCAGCCCCUGGAAUGCGCACCUUCCCUUGGCACUUGGAGUCGGACGGCCUGGCACUCAGUGAGAUCCAGUGGGCCAGGGGAUCUCCAGCAGUCGGUUUGCCAGUUCUGCUCCAAACCCCAGAUUCUGCUAGGUUGGGAAAUGCUGCCUGCGAUUUUGAGGGAGCAAGGGGCCUUUGAACUCAGAGAUAGGGGUUACCGGAAGGUGGGGCUCUUAACGGGUCCUCAUUAAAGCGUCUGGAGAGAGUAGCCAGCUCGUACCUGGGGGGGAAACCUACAUCUCUGUUUUCCACCACCUUUAGCAGAAAUUCAGCACUGCCCUGGGCGAUGAGGGCGAGAAGCCAUGGGUCAGCAGAACUCACAGAUAGUUCCAUAUCACACUGCAGUUGUAGCUGCCUUGAAACGUCCACACUCGACACUUCUAUGAAAUUAUGAGCUGGGAGAUCCUGUUUGCUGUUGAUGGAGGAACACAUAUGUUACUAUUUUUUGUUUGUUUGUUUUUAGAAUCGCGUUUCAAUAUAAUUGAUUCUCUUAGUGGUUCUGUUAAUUUUAUUUUAUGCAUCAAAAAAUACGCUGUGAGCUGAUUCUAGAAACUUCCAUCAUCCCAGACCUGGAGCUGGGGCAUGGGCAAGGUGGAGAGAGGGUGUCAGUUUUGACAUUGGAAGGAUGUGACAAACCUGUAGGAUGGCUGUUGUUUUUCCUGGAGCUGGGAGAGGGAAGGGCUGCAGGCCCCUCACCACAGGAGGGACUGUCCCCUGUUGGGGCCCCUCGGCCUCAGCCUGGGGAGGGAAGGGGAUGGUCAGCCUGGAGGACUGGGCUAGCAUUGUUUGGAAAGAGGGUGUGUGCAGGAAUGUGGAGGUGAGCUGGGUAUGUGUGUAGGGGGCGGGGGGCUCUCUGUGUGACACGCUGUGCUCCACAGGAGGUGCUUGGUGGAGCGGUCGGUGGUCCCCACUCUGGGGGGUGGAGGUGGGAAGCAAUGCAGAGUCACAACAAGUAACCUGGUUCCUGGGCCAGCAGCCUGGGAGGGACCGGGCCAGGCUCUGGCGGGCCCCGCGCGUGGACGACAGGAUCCGGAUCGGAGGGAGAGCACCGGGAGGCUGCCCUGUGGCCCGGGAGACCCUAAGGUGGCAUGUGACGCCCCUCGGCCCCCUGACCUGGGAACAGGGGCUGCUUCCGGGACUCCUGGACUGAAGAGCAGAAGCAGCUGGGGAAACUCCAGGCCACCUGUGAGACCUGGCCCAGGCUGGGGACAGUGUCACCUCCCCCUGCUCUGUGCCCCCUCCUCCCAGAAACCCGCCAUGGAGAGCAAGGACGACGUCAGCAGCACCGACAGCGGCAUCAUCCUGCAGUCUGGUGAGUGGCUUGGGGAGUCCCCCAGCCCCAGGCGCCCCAGGACUGGAGGGUCGGGGGCCCUCUGCGGGCGCGGAUGCCGGAAGAGCUGGAGAGAGCUGACGGGCGUCUUGCCAGCCGAGUAUCCCCUCAAACCAGGGGAGAAGGCCCCCAAGGUCCGCCGCAGGGUUGGAGCCGCCUACAGGCUGGAUGAGCAGGCCUUGUCCAAGGAGGACCCCCAGGACCCCCUGAGCAGCCUGGAGCGCGAGCUGGCGCUGCAGCUGCAGAUCGCCGAGGCGGCGAGGCGCCUGAGCCGGGAGGAGCGCCUGGGCCGCCAGGCGCGCCGGCAGCGGAAGCACGUGCUGCUGCAGGAGGAGAGGAAGCUGCGCGAGCUGGAGCGCUGCCUGGGCGAGUGGAGGGGCCGCCGUCGCGGCACUGACCCUCCCGCCUCUGCAGAGGCGGCGGCUCCUGCCGUGGGCUCCGAGCUCAGUGCCUCUGAUGACAGCUCCCUGUCGGACGGGCCACUCCGGGAGGAAGAGGCCGCCCCGGUGCCAGAAGCUCCCCCGGAGUCCCCGCCUCUCCCGCCCCAGAGCCUUGAGGGGCUGCAGCCAGCUGGACCUGAGAUGGCAGGCCUGGACCAGGCCCCCAUCCAGAACAGCCCCUGGCGGGAGACCAGCCUGGACCACCCGUACGAGAAGCCGCGGAAGCCUUCCGAGCCCAGCAGCGAGGCGAGCAGCCCGGCCACCACGCCGCAGGACCGGCCCGGCGCCCCCGGCCCGUGGCUGCCCCAGCCUGCGCCCCGCCGUGCGGUCCCCAUCCGCAGUGUUCCCGGCCAGUGGCAGGGUCGCACCAGUGCCCCCCCGACCCCCGAGGUGCAGGGCAGGAGGGGCCAGUCUCUGAGGAUGGACUCCUUGCGGGUGGGCCCCCGCCGCCGCCCCACGCACUACACGGUGACGGUGCCCAGCUCCUCCUCAGCCCCGCUGGCCAGAGCAGGCGGUACCCGGGCGGCUCACCACCCUCUCUCCCUGGCCCAGCAGGCCCCUGCCGUGUGCGUGCUCCGGAGAUCCCCAGAGGGGGCCCCCGUGCAGAUCUUCGUGCCCGAGAACGGCGAGAUCGUCAGCCAGGUGUGACCACGGCCAGCUCCAAGCACGGCACGGCCCUGCGCCGGCGGAGACCUCCCUGGCGGACUCGCGGCUGAGACCUGCCGUCUCAAGUGCCUUCCGCAGCUCCUUGGUCACCACUGUCACCAUCGCAGGCUGAUGACCUGGAGCCGAGACUUUUUUUUUUUUUUUACCAGUUUUUGUUCAGAAGUCCUGGUGCAAGGAUUUGUAUUUGUCAAUUGUCUUCAAGAUCCCUGUAAUACGACAACGCUUUGUGCCCAGAGACUGGCCCGCGAGUCCUGGGGCCUUGCCUCUCUGACGGACGGCAUCUGUCCCCUUGUGCCAGACCUGUGGUAGGGGACGCACGAGGCCCUCCUAUGCUCUGCCUCUGGGGCCGGGAACUUGCCUGGGGAACGGCCCACCCUCCUGUCCCACUGCAGCUGGGUGCUGGCCGUGGCUGACUCCUGUGCCCUGCUCCCCGCUUUCCAGCUCUCCGGGUACCGCAGGGGCGCCCGGGCUGGGGAGCCUCCCCACUUAGAAUGUGCUCUGUGAUGCACACGCCACGUGCAGGUCGGAGGUCAGCGCGUCCUGCUGGAGGGUCGACUUCCUGGCCCCGCUACUUUGCUGACCCCGUAAAUCCCGCGGGGGGCCCUGGUCGCUCUACUCUCUAGGCCCUGUGGGCUCCCAGCGUCUCCUCCGACCUCUGGGCAGCCCCGCCGGGCGCAGGUCAGUGCUGCCGGCUGGUGAACGGCUGGCCGUGCAGCCACCUCUGGGCGUCGUGAGAACCUGCCACACCCUCAUAGUCCUAAAAACCCGAACCUGGCAGACGCUGUGGAGAGGCACCCCAGUGUGGCCCGCUGUCAGGCGGACGCGGGCUCACGGCUCCUGCUCCCCUCCCAGCCGGGCUCCUGCUCAGAGACUGACCGGGUCAGCCCUUGUCUCUGGCAGACCAGAGAACUCGCUCUGAAGGACACUAACGAGUCGUCCCAGCUGCCAAGAGUCAAGCGGGCCUGAGCGGCCUGUGCCGAGGCUGCAGUGGCCUGUGCCUGGGUUCCCGUCCGGGGCCUUCACUGUGGGGGUCCUGCUUCUGGAGGCGGCCGCUGGGCCGAGGCCAGUGGGGACCGAGGCUGGGUUCUGAUUCUGCCCGCAGAGGCCCUUCCCCUCCGAGUUCCCUGGACUCGGACAGCAACUAGGGAUGCAGCUAAACCCUCCAAGCACUGGAUGCCUGACCCAAAGGCCCGGAUCUCCCGCUGGGCAGGACGGUGUGGCCAGCUGCAUGAGGUGCCACACCACCGUGUCCCGAUGUCCUACUGUGGACGCAGUUCCCAUUGCUCCUGAGCCCCUUUCCCAGUGCUCGGCCGUCUCCCCUCCAGUGUCCCCCGGGGCCUGAGCCAGGAGACACCUGCGUGUCCAGCCACACCUGAGCGCCCUUCCCACCGCCUCGUUGGUCCCGCGUGGUGCCUGGUGCUGUUGCCAUGGCUGCGUCCUCGGCUGUGGACCGGCACCUGAGUGGGUCGUGGUGCCGAAUAAAGUCCGUGUGAUCAGCUGA